AUGCAAAUAAUUAGUUUGUUUGCACAAAAAGUGGUGAUCACAAUUCAAUUCAUUGUAAUAACACAAGCAAUUGAUUACUCUAAUUGUACAGUUGGUAAGAACCCUAAAAUAGCUUCUUCCAACGUAUACAAGGACAUUUUGACCAAGUCAUUUUACACACCAUAUACUAGUUGUUUAGACGAUAUACCCGAUAGACUUGAGGCAAUUAGGAAAGGUGUUGACAUAUGUACUGAAAAUGAACUAAUCAACCAAUUUCUAGAAGACAAAUCGCAAUUCAGCCCCCGGGCCGAAGCAAUCCUCGAGGCUUCUCUGGAUAUAUAUAGAGAGAUGGCAUUGAAUGGCAGUCUCAGUUGGAAAUUCAAACGGUGGAUUAAAUCCAUUCCAAAUACAGAUAUUGAUAAACAAGUGAAACAAUUGUCCGAGUCUAUACAACUUAAAAUUCACAAUAUCUUCAGAAGGCAUAUUAAACGUGAAAAGAUGAAAAUAUUGGAUGAGAUUUUCAAUAAUGGAUUGCUAAGUGUAGUUUCAAUUGACACAAGGAAUAUACUUGCUACUUUUCAAAAAAAUAUUGAAAACAUGAUACCAAAAUUUAAACAACCUUUAAAUUCUUUGAAUUGGGAUAUUAAGGACGACUUGGAAGAAUUGGAUCAUUUGCUAAAACGAGUUAGUAAAGGGGGCCAAUCAAUUGUAGCAAACCAUUCAAACUCGGAAAAGGAACAUGCCAAGGUCUUGAAGUUGAUUAGGGCCCAACAAAGUCAAAUAGAAAUACUGGAAAAACAAUUACAAAGAAGAGAACAAUCAGGAUCCCUUUCCUGUGGUCUAUCUUAUCGCAAACCGGAUAGCAACUUGAAUAUCACAGCCACAAUGGCUAGAGGAAGAGGCACAUUGAAUGUAUCAUGUGUACCAGAUGAAUCAGCAGCGUUACUAGGACCUCAUGGAUUUGUAAAUGGAGUGGGCCCUGGCAAUCUUGGGAUCAGCUUCACCAUAAAUAUAUGA